ACUUUUAAGGAGGGUUUUCUCUCCCUCUCCCUCUCUCUCUCUCUCUCUCUCUCUACCCCUAUCACCUCUCCUCAUCUUCCCAAACUCCUCCAUCAUCUCUCCCCUCCCAAAUCCUCCACAUUACUAGGGUUUCUUCCAAUCUCAGCUCCAAACCAGCUCAAACACUACCCCUCUCUCUCUCUCUCACACGCACACACACUCUCUCUCUCACUUCAAGAUCCGCCACCACAAAAGAAGAGAUGCAUUCGGGUUUCGAAAUCCCCGGCAUCCACCACCAGCAGCACCAGCACCAGCACCAGCAGCAACCCGAUAACCCGCUUCUACUAUCCAUGAACCCGACCCAUAUCCUCGACCAAAUCCACGCCCUACCCACAACCCAACAACAACAGCUACCCCUCCACCACCACCACCACCACUUCCUCCCUCCCCACCACCACCACUACCCCGCCGCCUCCCCUUCCCCCUCCGCCUACUUCCCCCUCAACUUCAAGCUCGGCCUCAACGAGAUUCGCUCGAGAAACGACGCCGCCGCCGCCGGAGGCGGCGGAGGCGGAGGCGGAGGAGAUGCUUUGCUUCGUGGGAGUGAGCAAUACGAACUGCCCGAGGCCCGACAAUCUUCUCUCGGAAUGCUCCAUUCACCCUUUUGGGAACCCCUUCCAGCAGAAGUAUCCAAUGAAAACAGUGAAAUAGUCGACAGGCACGAAUUGAGGCAGAGGGAAACUCCAACGACCUGUUUGGACGCCAAAAGUAGAGUACACUUCAGCGAGCUGGAAGCCAUAUACAAACGCCUCGGUAAUGCCGAGACCACCCAAACAGCCCCUAACUCAGCAGCAGCAGCAGCAGCAGCGCCACUCCCGCAGCCCGUGACCGCCAGCCUCCCCUCCGCCGAGGAAGAACCUUCCGGAACCUUCGCGAAGAAGACGAAGAGGAGGAAGAAGAGGACGGCGAAUCCGAUCUGCGGCGGCGAUCCGCAGCUCAUCGGCCCGAUGGCGGAGUUCUUCGAGAAUCUGGUGAAGCAGGUGAUGGAUCACCAGGAGAAUCUGCAGAAGAAGUUCACGGAGGUGAUCGACCGGCUGAGCGAGGAGCGGCGGGCGCGGGAGGACGCGAGGCGGAACCAGGAGCUGGCGAAUUCCGAGCGCGAGGCGGCGGCCAGGGCGCACGAGAAGGCCAUGGCGAAGAGCCGCGAGGCGAUGAUCGUCUCGUACCUGGAGAAGAUCACCGGCCAGCGGAUCAACCUCCCGCCGUCGGCGGCCUCGGAGAUCACGGCGGCGAACACGAGCGACGACUCGAAUUGCGGCGGCGGCGGCGGGGAGGAUGAGAUCCAGCGCGAUCGAGAUCGGAGUUGAGGAAAUGCUUUGAGCUGGUAAUCAGAAUUCCAUUUUUUUUUUUUUUUUGGCGCUUGAUCGUGAAUUGCUAGCUAGAAUUGAAAUUUAGAUGAAUAUGAGAACUCUCAGCAGCAAAUUUCGAAGAAAAUUUAACGAGUAUUAAUAAUGUUUAGUUUAUUUAAGUAUAUAUUUAUAUAUAUAUUAUAGGAUUGAAGAA